AUGACUGCCACCGAACUCAAGUCUGCCGCCAUUCUUAAUCUCCUCAAGGCCUUCCUCGAGACAAACGAAGGCCUCCAAAUCAGGAAGAAGGUCAAUCUCGUCUACCAAUUCAACAUCGCCCUUAAGAAAAUUGGGUUCGAUGAGGUGAUUUUCACAAUUGAUCUCAAGACAGGCCAGGUCACUAAAGGUGCAUAUGAAGGAGGGAAGCCCGAUGCUGUGUUUUCACUUAAAGAUGAGGAUUUUAUUAAGCUUGCAACGGGGAAGAUGAACCCUCAGAUUGCUUUCAUGAGGAGAGCAUUGAAGAUUAAGGGCAGCCUGAGUGCUGCUCAGAAGUUCACCCCUGAUAUCUUCCCUAAGCCGUCGAAGAUGUAA